AGGCCAGACAGGGGUUGGUUUGUUAGCGCGUAAGCAGCUGCCACUUUUCUCCAACUUACAGCUAACUAACCUAGCUAAUCAGAGCUUUAAGUUUUCCAGGUUAGCUUGUAACUAACUAUACCUACUACUAGUAGUACCCAGUAGCUUUUGGCUUCAAGCUGCUAACCUAGCAAGCUUCCAUCUUCAGGCUUUAUUCAUUACCUACUAAUCUUCAAGUUAACCACCGCGUGAAGUUCAAAUAUUGGACAUUUCGUCUAACAUGAGAUGAUCAAGGUUGGGGCCAUACUACAUUCUGAAGUACAUAAGUAGUACAGUAGUUAGCUUUAUCGGUAUCGGUAUCGAUUAUCUAUCCAUUUAUCGCAAGGCUUUACAUCAAUCGAUAUAACCUUAAGGCUUAAGCAGUUCAAUUCAGUAUCUAGAUUCUACAUACUACAUAGUACCCAUAUACACACUACAUAAUAUACAUAAGUAUAUACUACCUAGUAAGUUAGGUUCACCUAUUUGAAUAUCCUAUUUGAAUAUCAGACCAACCAUGGCCGGCACGGCAAAAAUUCCCAUUAUCGACAUCUCAGCUGAGGGGGCGGACGAGGCAAAAGUAGCUCAGGAGUUGGUCGACGCUGCCGUUGAGUACGGCUUCAUCUAUAUUAAGAACACAGGUCGGGACAUACCCGCCGAGCAGAUCGACCACAUUUUUGACCUGUCACGGACGCUAUUUGGCUCAGAACUCGAAGAAAAGCAACGAUGUAAGAUCGAGAAGAACAAUCAGGGGUGGUCCGGCAUGCACACCGAGACUCUAGACCCCAAGACUCAACGAGUGGGGGACUUUAAAGAAGCCUUCAACUUCGGCCCCUUUGAGAAUGGCAAGGCUACUCAGCCUAUCCCGAGCUCGCUCGAGCCUCACCAGGCAGCCCUUGCCGCCUUCCGGUCAGCGUGCCAUGAUCUUUGUCAGAGACUACUUCAGCUCUUUGGCAUCGGCCUCGGUGUCAACCCCCCCUCCUUCUUCAGCACCGCGCACGCUCCCCACCUCCCCUCCGGCUCCAUCCUCCGACUCCUCUACUACCCCCCACCAUCCAGCACCCCCUCCCUUCAAAGCACCGACGUCCGCGCCGGCGCACACUCCGACUACGGCUCCAUAACCUUGCUCUUCCGCCUGCGCGGGCAAGCCGGCCUCGAGAUCCUCAACCCCGUCCCCUCUUCCUCCUCUUGGUCCCCCGUCCCCGUAACCCCUCCCGGCACCGAGCACGACCCUGCCCCGCCCAUCCUCGUUAACAUCGGCGACCUGCUCUCCUACUGGACCAACGGCCUGCUGCGCAGCACCGUGCACCGCGUCUCCUCCUCUACCGCAACGGGGGCAGCAGAAAACGGGGAAUCCACCACCGACCCACGGUACUCCGUCGUGUAUUUCUGCCAUCCGGCCAAUGAGACUCCGCUUACGCCCGUGCCGAGCGCGCGGGUGGCCGCCUACAACAGCAAAACCCACGCUGAUGCUGUCGCUGGUGAUAGCAAUGAUGGGGGUGCAGCGUCGCAGCAGCGCAAGGUGCUGACGGCGGCUGAGCACCUGCAGACGAGGUUGCAGGCUACGUAUUUGCAGAUGUACGCUGAUGGUAGUGACGAGAAGGAGGAGAAGAAAUGAGAAGGAACAGAGUAGGUACGUAGGUACGUAGGGAUUAUAAUUAUCAGUGGUAGGUAUCAUAAGUACAUAUUACGCACAGGUGUUUCCUUUCUUUCAUCCUGUACCUCAUGUAACUUAAGUAUCUACUAGACUAGUAUACUCACUCACUAACGAUAAUACAACAACGACGGCGAUCAAAACUGCCUAGGUAGUCCAUAGAAAUUGUCAUCGCAAUUCAAUUAUUCAAGA